AUGAAUAAAGCGCAGACGCAGAGAGCACUGCGCAUGGCUCGUGAGGCCAAAGCACUCGCAUUAAACCAUCCAUUUCAGACAAUGACGGUCACGAUCGAUGGUUCAAUCGCGAAGCGGGCGCUUCCGCCAUCAGCACGGAGAACACGAUCCUAUUGGGGUGCAAGAUCUUCACCUUCUCGACCUUAUUCUAUGGGCCCUUAA